AUGGCGAAUCAAUCUCAGAAAACUGUGUAUCGACUGGUUUUAACAGGAGGACCUUGUGGCGGUAAAACUACUGGGCAAUCCCGUCUUAGUACGUUCUUCGAAAACUUGGGAUGGAAGGUGUUCCGGGUGCCGGAAACGGCUACCGUCCUUUUAAGUGGCGGUGUAAAAUUUGCAGAUCUCAGUCCAGAUGAAGCGGUAAAGUUCCAGGAGAACCUGUUGAAGACAAUGAUACAGAUUGAGAACACGUUCUUCGAAUUGGGGAAGACAUGUCAGAGAAAUUGUCUUAUAAUUUGUGACCGUGGCGCUAUGGACGCUAGUGCAUUUAUUUCGAAGGAGAAGUGGGAAGACUUAAUGUCAGCCAACAACUGGAACAGUGUUGAAUUGCGUGACAAUCGGUACAACCACAUCGUUCAUAUGGUCUCAGCUGCAAACGGAGCGGAGGAUUUUUACUCUACCGAGGAUCACGCGUGUCGUUCCGAAGGCAUGGAGCUUGCUCGCGAGCUGGACUACAACGCCGCAGCAGCGUGGGUCGGUCACCCGUACUUCGACGUCAUAGACAACUCCACAGAUUUCGACAAGAAAAUGAACCGCCUCAUCGCGUGUGUUUGCCAGCGAAUUGGCAUCGACACCGGGGACCGUCUCAACGUCAACUCGAAGAAACGUAAAUUCCUGGUUAAAACGCCGCUCCCACCGGAGUCGGAGUUCCCGCCGUUCCAGGACUUCGAUGUCGUUCAUAAUUACUUGCAGAGCGACUUCCGCAAGGCGCAGGUUAGACUACGCAAGCGUGGCCAGAAGGGUCAUUGGUCUUAUAUUCACACUGUGAGAAAGUUCCACCCGACCAAUGGGCAGUCUGUAGAAGUGCGUACGCAGUUGACGCAUAGAGACUAUCUAAAUCAGCUUCCUCAGCGCGACGAUGCUCACUUCACGAUAUUCAAGAAACGCCGUUGCUUCAUCUACAACAAUCAGUACUACCAAUUGGACAUUUACAGACAACCCACACAUCCAAGAUGUCGUGGCUUAGUGUUGCUUGAGACAUACAGUGCUGCUUACGAUCAAGAUGCGCUCUUAGAAUCAUUACCCAAGUUCCUGACCAUAGAAAAGGAGGUGACAGGCGACCCUGCCUAUUCUAUGUAUAACUUAUCACUUAAAGAAGAUUGGAAGACAUCGAAAAAGUAUUACUCAGGCAGCGAUGCCAAUGGACAAGCUAAGUGGAGUAUGAAUGGUUACACUGGUGACAAAAUUAAUUGCCAUGGUGAUAAGAUUAAUGGGCAUGGACAAGGUGAAAAACUCAAUGGUUAUGAUGGCAAAAUGAAUGGCCACCAUAAGAAGAUUGCACACGGCCCAGUCUCUAACAGAAUCAUGGUGAAUGGCGAAGCUCAUGACGCAGAGCUUAAAAAGUUCAAAAACCAUGGCGUAGAUUUGCAGACACCAAAGAUCCCCAAGAAGGUUGCACUUAAGACCUAA